CCCCCAGAAAAAAAAGUAUGAAACAGAUUUAAAGCCUGAAAUGUACGCUAUAUGGAAAAAAUAGAAAGGUGAACUCAACUCACCAGCCUCCUCUUCUUCAUUUUCUCUUCAGUCUUCAACUUCAAGUAAUUCCCUUCAUAUUUUUGGUGUGUUUCUGGUUAGUCUUCAAGCUUGAAAAUGGCGUCGAUUCAUCCGUCGGAGCUCGACUCCAACGCCACCGACUCAGUAGCGUCGUCGCCGAGAUCCGACCACCACUUUAAUUUAUCUAACGACCCACAUGCUCGAGUUCGAUUCAUGUGCAGCUUCGGUGGCAAUAUCUUACCCCGACCGCACGAUAAUCAACUCCGAUACGUCGGUGGUGAGACUCGCAUUGUUGCUGUUCAACGCUCCACCACUUUCUCCCACUUCCUUGCCAAACUCGCUAAGAUCACUGGUACAAUUAACAUGAGCAUAAAGUACCAGCUUCCCAAUGAAGAUCUCGACGCCUUGAUUUCAGUGUCAACAGACGAGGAUGUGGAAAAUAUGAUGGACGAGUACGACCGGCUUGUACAGAAUCACAAUCCGAAAUCGGCGAGGCUCCGAUUGUUUCUGUUUCCUAGAGGGGAAGAUUCCAGAGCCAGUAGUAUUAAUUCCCUGCUCGGCGGUUCUACAAAUCGGGAUCACUGGUUCCUUGACGCUCUCAACGGCGGUGCUCCAGUGCCAGAGCUCGAGCGUGGCCGGUCGGAAGUUUCAUCCAUCGUCUCUGAAGUACCGGACUAUUUGUUUGGUCUGGACAAUCAGGAUGAUACUUCGACUCAUUCACGAGAACCCAAAUCGAAGAGUCGAUUUAAUUUGAAUCCGUCUGAGAAUGUUUCGGUUUCGGAUCCUGGAUCGCCUUCCCCUGUUGUGCCGUCGGCGACUUGUGUGACUUCGAUGCCCAAUCUUCCCCCAGUUAAAACCCGUCCCGACACGCCGUCGCCGAGGGCGGAGCCGGUUGAUAAAACGCCGGAGAAUUGUGAACCUCCGGCUAUACCUUUCUCUCAACCGCCGGGGUAUCCGAAUAGCCCGAUGAUGCAUUAUUUCCCGGGAACAAAUUAUCCGGGUCACCACCAACAGGUUGUAUACGUUCUUCCCGGACAGAUUCCGCCUGGAAAUGUUCCGGUCCAGCAUAUUCCGAUCCAGACUCAGCCGUCGUACGUUCAACAGUUCCAACCGGUGGGUGGCGGUCAAGUGCCCUUAGCAUAUCACCACCCAGUUACGAUGGGCGGUCAAGUGUACGGGGGAGGAAUGGGUCCGGUAAGUGGUUAUGAUCCACAGGCGGAAGCGGUGAGGAUGGCUGCUGAUGGCGUAAGUCAGCAGAUGUAUUAUGGAGUCCAAAAUGCUGCGAGGGCUCCGCCGUAUGCGAUGGGUAUGAUGGGAGGUCCGGUGGCGGAAGAAGCUCGGGGAAGUGGAUCGGAAACAAGAACGGGUAGCAGAGUAUCGCCAUAGCAAUAGCAAGAGAGGGUUGAAAGUGAAUUUGAUUAAAAUUGGGAUUUGUAAUUAGUGGUUAAUUUUGGGUGUUGGUUGAUUGAUUAAACCCAUAAUGUAAAAUUGGUGUUUUCAAGCUGCAAAUACAAUAUUUUUACUUCUACAUA